UCACAUCCGGUAGUUGAGGUCAACUUUCCCACCAGAUCCGCCAUUUCAGCCCGAGUUUGCUUUGCAAGUUACUUUUAAAUUCUUACAAUUUUCCUCAAAGUCAAACAAGUGGGCGUUUUCUGUCGUGCCGUAGCAUAUAUUUGAACUAACGGCACCUCGACAUUUGUUGUAGAAGUUGGCCAUUGUGUCUUAUCUACAGCGGUUAUUUUUGCGAGCGUAGCGCUACCGAUGCUGGGCUUUUUCCACGAGCGUGUCGCACGGUAAACCAAAGUUUUUGUAUGAGUUGCCAAUAGUGGAGGUGAACGGGAAGGCCUCGAGCCUAGGAUUCGAUUAUUAGCCAUGGCCGGUAAUUUUGACGCUGAAGACCGUGCUAGCUGGUACUGGGGGAGGUUAAGUCGUCAAGAAGCGGUUUCCCUUCUGCAGGGACAGAGACAUGGCGUGUUCCUGGUCAGGGACUCGAUCACCAGCCCCGGCGACUACGUGCUGUCUGUCUCGGAGAACUCCAAAGUGUCUCAUUAUAUCAUCAAUAGCAUCAGUAACAACCGGCAAUCGGGACCAGGUCUCAUACCCCCUCGGUUUCGCAUCGGGGACCAGGAGUUUGAGGCGCUGCCAGCCCUGCUGGAGUUCUACAAGAUCCACUACCUGGACACCACCACGCUCAUAGAGCCCGUGAGUAGGUCCAAGCACGCCAGCUUCAUCAGCACCUCCAGUGCCCCUGGGCCCUUACAGCCAGACGAGGUGGAGUUCGUCCGGGCGCUCUUCGACUUCCCCGGCAACGACGACGAGGACCUCCCGUUCCGCAAGGGCGACGUGCUGCGCGUGCUGGAGAAGCCCGAGGACCAGUGGUGGAACGCCUCCAACCAGGAGGGCCGCAGCGGCAUGAUCCCUGUGCCCUACGUGGAGAAGUUCCGCCCGGCCUCGCCCGGCGCCGCCGGAGGGCCUCAGGCCGGCGGGGCCUGCGGCGGGGGCGCCGGGGCCCCGGACGCACCAGGGCCACCGUUGGAGGCGCCCGGCCAGUACGCACAGCCAGUGGUCAGCAACGCCCAGCUGCCCAACCUGCAGAACGGGCCCGUCUUCGCCCGGGCCAUCCAGAAGAGGGUGCCGAACGCGUACGACAAGACAGCGCUCGCUUUGGAGGUGGGCGACAGAGUUGAGGUGACCAAGAUUAACGUGAACGGCCAGUGGGAGGGCGAGUGCAAGGGCAAGCGUGGCCACUUCCCCUUCACACACGUGCGCUUGUUGGUACCGCAGCAACCGGAAGACGAGAGCUGAGAGAGGAGAACCCGGCACACGUCUCUCUCACUCUCACUCUCUCUCUCUCUCUCUCUCGCUCACUUUCUGUCAUCGCACACCCACCAAUAAGACCCGUUCCCCGUUCCCUCUCACCACUACCAAACACAACCACAUACGCGCACGCGCUCUGAAGAGCUCACCGAAUACAGACUGUGUUCGUGUCUUCUCAGUGGGCUGGACUCUUACUGCCUAGAAAGCCAAAUGAGUGCAGCGUUGUCUCACAUCAUUGUUUAUUUGAAUGAAAACAUACACGGAUGGAAGAUUGACGCAACCAGUACAAAACACUAGAUUCCACACAGAAUCCUAACUCAUUGUUUGCACGUUGCUAGACUGUAUAGGUCUUUGUGAGAAGCUGUGCUACAUGUGCAAGAUACUUUAACCCAAGAGGCGCCCUCUCGUGGAGCUGAAUUAUGUUGUGCCUGCGGCUUCAGCCUCUGCACGGUAAAGACUUCACUGGGAUGUACACAAACACACACACACACCCACACACUACAAACAACCAAGUACCAUUUUUCAGACAAAAUGGGAAAUGUGAUGAUAACAACUGACCAUAUACAUGUGUAAUCAAAAAGAUUUUAUGCUCAAUACUGUAAACUGUUAUUUCUUCCAUAUUUAAUUGUUUUCCCAGUUAUUACAGACUGUCCAUUAUAUUUUUAUUCCCAAACACUAUUGGAUGGCAACUCAGAUGGUCAAUGAAAAUAGCUAUGCAGCAGUUGACAAGUGUAAGAAACUAGGGAAUGAAUCUUUAAAAUGAGCAAGUCAUUUUUUAAUUGCCCUUGUAGGGGCAAUGUGAUGUGAUUCAUCGAUGCUGCUUAUAAGCAAGUUUGGACGAUGCCUGGACAUGUGUGUGUGUGUGCGUGAACAUGUGUGUGUGCAAUGUAUGUGAAUAUGUUGUAAUGUUGUUAGUAAGAUACUUGUAGGAGCUCAAUAACAUUUUAGCACACCCUACACACUACCAAGUAACUGACCGCUGAAAGUGACCACUGUGUGCACCUACUUUAUAUCCAUCUUUAAUAUUAUAAAUAGGGCUGGGUAUCGUGGCCAAUUUCCUAAAUCGAUUCGAUUUCGAUUCAAAAAGUUCUGAAUCGAUUAUUCACGAUUCGAUUCAAUCUGCUCUUACAUAAUGAACUGUGUUACAAAUUAGAAAUAUACUUUAUUUUUUCUCUUCAUCUUAAACAACAGGUUUUAAGUGCAAACUUGUAAAUUGGACAGAUUAAUUUGAGCUGUAAACGAAACUGUCUCAAGUCUCAAAAGUGCAAUUUUGAAAUUAGAAAGGAAUUGCAAGUGAAAGUGUACUUGAACUACAACAUUCCAUCACUGCAAAUUGCAUUAAGGCAUUGUUUAUUAAAGGGCAAAAAUAAUAUUAAUGGUAACAAAACUAAAAAAAACUAUAAAAAAAUAAAAUAAAUCGAUCUCAUGCCUAUGAAUCGAUAUUGAAAAAUGUAAAUGAAAUCGAUCCAAAAUUGAUUAAAUCGAUUUUUUUUCUACCCAGCCCUAAUUAUAAAGGCUUGCUUUUGCUAUUAUAUUGGAAUGGAACAGCGUUGCGGAAAAGUGAAAUUGGAUACCUGAUUCUAGAAUACUUUGUUGCAAUCAAAAUGCGGCGUUAUACUUCUGUAUAACACAAUUUUUUUUACUUAAUAAAUGUUUUUGUUUUUUUAAAGGUUAAUUGGAAUGUACGACAUUAUCUCUGCCAAGCCACUACUCUUUCCUGUUGUGUUCUCAUUCUCUGGCCCUGCUAUUGAAGAAGACCUAUAAAUACCGACAGCUGUGCCGCGGUGCCAUAUUCCUCUAUUCGGAUAUUGGUCCCAUAGUUGGAGAUUGAAAUAUUGAGAAAUUUAGCUAGUUGCCCGUGGGAGGUAUGCUGGCUGUUUGUAUGUCGAUCACUGGGGAGGAUUGCCAGAACUUUGUUGUUGUUCGUGUAAUUAUUUGAGUCCUCUCUACCUCAUGUUUGGUUUUGUAAGAGAAGAUGACUUCUGAAUAUGAUAUUAACACGCCUGGACGUUGAUACUCAGUCCAUCAGUAUUUUUAUUUUAUUUUUUACAAUGCUUUCUUUUUAUUAUUUUUUGGAGAAAUAUUAUUUUACGCUAAUAUGCCCCCAUAUACUCGUAUGCCGUGAAUCAUGCAGGUUUUUAUGACAGUUUUGCAUUCUUGUUUGCAACUUCAGAGGAGAAAGUGCCCCAUGCACAGUUUUCUGAGUUUACAAUAUUUGACACUUUUAUAUCCCAUCUUCAUCUAAUUUCACCAUAGAUCAAUAGAGCUGGGUCCAAAGACCUGAGUCAGACGUCAACUGUCUCGCAGUCCUACCGUUUACUUUGCUUAUUUCUUGUAACUUUUCGAAAGAAGUUCAGCGGGAUUGUAGUCUUGCUGGGAUAGAAAGGUUUUAGUCAAUGUCUUCACCAUUUACUCAAUUGAGCCAUUCUGGAUUUUUUUCAGCACCCAUGUUUUCUCAUAUAUAUGGCAUUUCAUCUUGAAUCACAUGAUUUAUGAAAAAUAUUCAAUGUGCAUCAUACUGCCCCAUGAUAAUAAUUUAAUUUAGCUGUUGGCUACCAUCUUAAUGUCACAACCGGAGCAGUUCGUAGACAAGAUAUAAAAA